GAAUCCCUGGUCCAUUACCUUGGUCUGCUCAAGAAAUCAGCACUUAGUGAAGAAACAAUGCGUAACUGCAGAACACAACUUAGAGCCUAUUUCUUAUUUUGUAGAGCUUAUGACCUACCAGCCUUUCCGGUAACUGAGCAGGUCUAUUGGCUCUAUUUAGCCUUUCUUGUAGGUUCUUUUUCUUCAUAUAGUUCUGUUAACAAUUAUCUCAGUUGCCUUAAGCAAGUUAAUCUAUACUUAGGAGCUGAUGUCACCUUUUUUGCAUCAUCACAGAUUAAUUUUCUCAAACAGGCUGCCAAACGUGUGCUACCCAAACCAGUAGGGCGUAAAUUACCUAUUACUGUCGACAUUUUGUUAGCCAUUUUCAAGUUGUUGGAUUUUUGUCAUCCCUUGCAUGUUUGCAUGUGGACAAUUUUUCUUGUUGCAUUUUUCUCAUUGUUGCGUAAAUCUAAUUUAGUUCCUACCACAAUAGCCGAUGUUAAUAGUGCUUCAGCUACUCACUUAAGAAUUUGCGAUGUUAGCUUUCAUCAAGACCACUGUACACUCCAUGUACACAAAACCAAAACUAUUCAGUUUAGGCAGAGGGCCCUUGAAAUUGUUCUGCCAUUCAUCCCUCACUCAGUGUUAUGUCCUGUUUCCGCAUUGAAACGUCAUCUUCGCUAUGUAACCGCGGACACUGAGGCACCUUUAUUUACUAUUCAUAUCUCAACAGGAUUCAAGCCUGUUACAGGGUAUCAUUUUGCUAAAUUCCUUAAGUCUUGCAUAGUCUUGGGUUGGAUCCCACACAAUAUUCUCCCCACAGCUUCAGAAGGGGAGGUGCUACUUUUGCCUUUCAUGCUGGUGCUUCACCCUUGUUCAUUAAAUUCUUAGGGGAUUGGUCAUCAGAUGCUUAUAUGGUUUAUUUAGUUCUCAACACCACUCAAAAAACUCAAUGUCGCUAAAACCUUAGCUCAGCACAUCCGUACAACUCACGAUUAGGUCACUACCACUUAGCUUUCACUACUUCCUCAUUACUUCACACCUUGGGUUUUGGGGUCUGUCUUUUGUCAGAUUUCUUGUUUGUCAUUUUGCCAAUAAACUUGUUGAACCCAUCUUGGUGUGACAGUAAUUUGUAGAACACUGUUAUGUCUACGCUUUGAAUGUGAUCACAGGUUAUCUCGUUCGUUUUUAUUUCUUCUUUUGUGUCCUUGAUUUUUCGUUGAGGUAUGAGCGACAGGUUUUCAGCAAAUUUGUUGAAGGGAGUGUCUGUCACUGCUGAUAUGUAUUUUUCGCCCUUAAAUUGUCAAAGACGAAUGUUUUUGAUUUCAUACAAACCUUCUUCCUCAGUUUCAAUUUGUUUGUUCCAAAUCAUAAUUGGAAUACUUCCACAUUCGUCCACAAAGGAUCCUUUCUUUUUGAUAAGAUCAGUUUUGUUAGGGACAGGUUCUGCUUUGUUGUCUCCGAAAAGAACCAUGCCAUGAACUGUGAUACUUUGAUAAACUUGAAUAUCAAGAUCUUUUGUGUUCACCACUGGUGUUUCAUUAGGGACUAUGGCGAAGCUCUGGUACGGCGGAUGCAAUCGAAAGAGACUGGGUCGACUAUGCCGUCUCCCGCCAAAACUCGAAUUGAUUAAGUUUUGUGUAGUACGGCAAAGUCAAACUCGAUGUAAACAAAUCAGACUCGGCUCCAAGUUUUUUGGUUGUGGUAUGUUUAUUUAGAAGAAAUGGUUUCUUGGAAAGAAUUGAAAGAUUUUAUAGUGCUCUACUAUGACAUGAAAGUCCUCGAUGACGCCGAAUUUCUCUAACUAUACGACCUUUAGAGCCCACAAAACCUGGACUUGCCGUGUGACUUGUAUCCACAUUUCGACCUCCAAAACCGGACCGAAGAUGAAUGUGUGGCCGAAUUUCGGUUUAGGAAAACUGAUAACCCAAGGCUUUCUCAGGCUUUGCGGAUUCCUGAUGUUAUAAUUUGUCACCAAGGGACAAUUUGUGAAGGGAUUGAAGGACUAUGCAUGCUUUCGAAGUGGUUGUGCUACCCUUGCCGAUACAGCGAUAUGGUCCACUUGUUCGCUAAGCCGGUUCCUGUAUUGUGUAUGAUUACAAAUCAAGUUUUGGAUUAUAUCUGUCAAGCUCACAGCCACCGCAUUCUGCAGUAGAAUCAUCAGCAACUAAGCAAAGCCAAGCUUGAAAGAUUUGCCGAAGUUGUUCACCGAAAAGAAGCCCUACUUAAUAACUGUUUUGCUUUUGUUGAUGGGACAGUUCGCCCUAUUUGUAGGCCCGGCACUGUCAACCAGGGGUUGCUGUACAAUGGACACAAACGUGUCCAUGGAAUCAAGUUUCAGUCUGUUGUUACCCCAGAUGGAAUGAUUGCAAAUAUGUAUGGCCCUGUGGGUAGGUUGUCUUUUCUUUAGAAAAUUGAAUCUGGGGUUUAUAGGGUGAGGAGGCAACUGCAAGAACUUUAUUGGCCUUAUUGACAACCUCAACAACGUGUAAAGUCCACAAGAGGUCAUGCAAGAUCGUGAUGCCGAGGUCCUUUACAGAACUCACUGAGCUUAGACGUUCUCCACAUGGGACGAAGGAGUAAUGUGGGACAGGUUUAUCACGAUUAUGUGUAACUCGCAUAAUUUCACAUUUCUUCGAAUUGAAGUUUAACUGCCAGACCUCAGACCAAUUUCUAAGGUGGAAUAAGUCGGACUGAAGGAUGCUUGUGUCUCUAGCUAUGUCUGAGAUCUCUCUGUAAACCUUGGUAUCAUCUGCAUACAGUUUAACCGUUGAUGAGAUACUUGACGAGAUGUCAUUCACGUAUAAAAUGAAUAAGACGGGUCCGAGGAUUGUUCCUUGGGGUACUCCACAUAAAACUGGAGACCAGGACGAGCAAGUACCACCCAGGACGACGCGUUGCAUCGGACCGGUUAAAAAAUUACGAAACCACUGGAGAGCACUGCCGUCGAUACCGUGACGCUUAAGCUUGAAAAGAAGACGCUCAUGCAGUACGCUGUCAAACGCCUUGGAAAAAUCCAAAAAGGCGAUGUCAGUUGGCUUUCUGUUGUUGCGUGAUUUCGCCCAAUCAUCGUAACAAGAAAGAAGCUCCGAAAGCAUUGAUCGGCCCUCCACGUAAGCGAACUGGUUCGGGUUGAGGAUAUUUAUGUCUCGCCAAAAAUCCAUCCCUCGAGACUUAACGAUUUUCUCCGCGAUCUUGCACAUUAUUGAUGUUAAUGAGAUCCGGCGAUAAUUAUUCCUGUCAGUCUUACUGCCUUUUUUGAACAAAGGUGUGAUGUUAGCGAGUUUCCAAAGAUGUGGCAAUUUGCCUGUUGAAAAUGAUUUGUUAAAGAAAAAACACAGAGGUGAUGACAAAAUACUCGCACAUUCCUUUAGAAUGCGAGGUGGUAAGUUGUCAGGUCCAGGCGACUUCCUUUGUGUUGCAAAGAAUGUUUGAAAGUUUACAAUUGGUGACAUAUUCAAAUUCGGGGAAGUUAUCGCAGUCCUCUGAUGUAAACACAGAGGAGAAAAAGUCAUUCAUACUUUCAACAAUGCUGAGAUCAUUUGAGAGGUAAAAGAUCAUUUGAGAUAUAAAUAUAUACAAAAUAUUUUCAGUUCGUAAUAAAUAUAUCAAUGAACAAAUAAAUAGUUUCAUUUUUCCUGAAUUGUCAUAGUUACCAGAAAAGUGAAUGAAAUAUUCCUGUGAGACCCUUGAUGCUUCAAUGUUCUUUUAACAAAAUGUUAUAGGACUUUUUCACUUAUCUGACUGAACUUUAACACUCUUCUUAUCCAUGAACUUUGUUUCAGAGGGACGAAAGCAUGCUUGCUGAGUCUCACCUUUUGGAUGAUCUCCGUCAGUAUGCCUUCAACCUGGCUGGACAACCACUUUGUAUUUACGGGGAUCCUGCUUACCCCAUCCGUGUACAACUUCAAUGUCCAUUUAGAAAUGGAGUUUUACCCCACAGAUGGAAGCUUAUGAUACUGCUAUGAGCUCAGUGAGAACAAGUGUGGAGUGGCUGUUCAGAGACAUAAUAAAUUACUUAAAGUUUCUGGACUUUAAAAAGAACUUAAAUUUGGGACUGAGUGAUGCAGGGAAAAUGUACGUCGUCAGUGCUAUUCUUAGAAAUUGGCUAACAUGUCUAUAUGGAAACACAACCUCAGAUUUUUUCCAGUGUAAUCCUCCCGACCUUGAAACUUAUUUGGCAUAAGUGCUACAGUUUAGGCUAAUUGUUUUGAAAAUGAUCUUUAAUAAUUCAAGCAUUAUGGUUUUAUGGUGUAAAUUAGCAACACAGCAAUGAAACCAAGAGCACUUACACAUUCUCAGAAGUUUUGCUGGAUUUAAUGAGAAUUGUUGGAAACAUGUUGGGGUCACAGCAUCAGUUCUCAAGGGUGACAAACCUCAACAUACUAUGUAUACCUCAAGAUUUUGAUUAUUUUUACCACACUAGAUUCUGUAAAGGCAUAUCACACUUGCAUUUAGAAACUGUAUGUCAUGUAAUGAUUCAGUCUUAUAAAAAAUGCUGUAGAGUUGAUCUCACAUAUGACUCCUGUUAAAAUUGUAUUGCUUUUGAGACUGUCAGUAAAAGAUCAGCCUUUUGCAAAUAAAGAUAUGAACUUGAAAAAUGUGAUACCCGAUGAGAAAAGCCUUUGUUUUGAUCUUUGGCCAUGAAUUCAUGCAAAAACACAAAAGUAGUUUUUGCUUAAAUUCGAGGUUAGUUAUGAAAACAAGAGCCAUAUUUCUUUAUAUGUUUUCUGUCUUAUGGGUGAAAUUUUUUUUUGACCAACAUUGGUUGUUUUAACCUUUUAAAAAACAAAUUUAAAAACAAAUAUAAAAUAAAGGCACACUCUGAUGACCUUCCAUGGAAAUCCAAAAUGAAUUACCUUUACAAUACAGUAGCUGACUCCAAAAGACAACUUUGCUACAAUACUUGGAAUGAUUUCACAUCCCUAUUAAUCUAACACUUCUUGCUGUAAAACUAAGCUGGAAUGAAACUGAUCUUUGACGUUUUUGAGUCACUCUUUUAAAAAGAGUUUUUCCAAAACAGACAUCAAUGCCUGACUUUGCUGUGCCGUUAACAUCUGCAGGUGUUGAUUCUGUUUCUGCUGUUGAGCCUGCUGUUGGGUCAUUGCUUGCAAGAAGGAUUGCUGCUGGGGCAACAUUGCUUGAAAUUGAGCAGCUUUGGUUUCUUCUUUUUUCCUUAUGUUUAGCUCUUCUUCUCGGAAUGCCUUGUCUGAUUCAGCCUUCUCCUGCAUAAACUGGAGGGCCUCAUUACUGCUUCUCCUGGAUUUCCUUUCCUUUGGCUCUUAACCGUCUUCAGAUUUUCGUUUCUUUGUUUGCCCCAUCCGCUCCAAAGAUUGGUUUCUGAUAUCUGCUGCUGUAGCCUUCUCCUGACCUUUCUUUUCACUAGCUUCUGCAAUAGCAUCUCUUUCUCUUUCUGUUAUGUCCUAAAGAAGUAUAUCAAGCUCAUCUUGUUCUGGAACAGAAAUUCCAGAUGCAGUUAAUUCUGUUUUUCCAUUUUCUUUCAAUCUGCCUUGGAUCAGGUUAAAUCUUUUCCCUGACUGCUCGCUGAGAUAAAUUAGAUUUAAUUCUCACAGUUUUGGCACCCUCUCAGACUCUUGCCAAUUUCAUCCCACAGACGCCCUGCUUCGUUUGUUCCCUUUUUGUGUAUAUCAACCUCUAGGCCAAGAACUUCUCGGGAAAGAAGGAUAUCAUGCUCCCCUGUCCAUUGCCUUGCUAAUAAAGAUAAAAAGAAUAGAAAACAACCAUUUCUGUCCGUGCAAAAACAGCAACCUUUGACACUGGAAUUUUACGAAAAAUAAAGGAUAUCAUCAUAUAACUGGGCAUUGGUACCACUUCUUAUGAAGUGAGGGUUUCCUUUUUUACUCAAGAUUUUGGGUAAAAAAUAAGCAUAAAGUUUUCCUCUGCUUCUAUGCAGAAGUGGGAUGUCUCUUCUGAGUUGACAGAUCAAAUGGAAACUGCUGGGCUCGAAAUUCAGCCUGAUACAUUGUCAUUAAAUAUGCGUACAAUUUUUGGUUUAGUUUUACGAAUAUUAUUUUUUUCAGAUCCGGAGAAAACCUACUCUCACGACUUCAAGACAUUCUAGAAUUUCCAUUACAUGUAUAUACUGGCCGGCCUAGAUUUGAUUAAGAGUGGAUUUGUAAUUUCAACACGUUCCACUAGAAGACGUAGAUGUAUAAGUGUAAAAUUGGUUUGUCUUAUUUAAGCCCUCAAAAAGAUGUUUUAUGAAUGCUAACGCACUCUAACAAAGUUUUUGUCAUUAUUCGGGGAUAAAUUUCAUGAGAGAGAGACUGCUUAUCAUCAAAACAAAGUUCCGAAAAAGGGCAAACUCAACAACCAAGUCAAGUGAUUUUGUGAUAGAUUUUAUUCGAAACCAAUAGAUCUCUACAGUAAUGGGCUUCUAUUCCGAUACACUUGCCAAAAACCAUAGGGUUCCACAAAGUAACGGGCUUCUAAACCGAUACACGUGCCUUCAACAAAAUUACAAUUCUCUAAAUCGAAAAAACUACUCCGUUCAAAGUUUCACAUGAUCGCGUGUUCGAAACGUGAUCGGCUGCAUCUAAUAUCAAAAAAUGUCACGCGCAAAAUGUAACACAAAACUCCGUGACAGAUUUCACUCAGCUAAUCGACGGAAAAUAAACAAAAUGAAAUCGAAAACAUUAUUCUUCAUGAUCCAACCAACCAUUGAUAUUCCAGAUGUUACUCGUUCUACAUUAAGCUGCAUGAAAUUUCGCUAAACGUCAGUGUUUUGGAGACUAGAAGUGAGCAAGAGUGAAUAAAAACAACUUCGAACUUACGAUGCUUGCGACGUGUGCUUGUCCGACUGGUCCAUCUUUCGGCUUCACUCAGAACGAGUUAUUUGCUAAAAAACGUAAUAAAUCCAAAAAACUAUUAAAAUAUUGUAAAAUGAACGUUUUUAUGCCAUCUGUUCAUUUUAACGAGUAAAGAUUCGAUGAAAAUGCAUUGUAGUUUACUCACGUAGUGAACACUCCCUCAACUCGGCAUGUUUGCCGUACCAGACAGCCAUCCUAUGGCAGGAAAGCUUGCUUGGACCACAACAAGUGACGUCAUUGGAAGUAAUCUUUCACACUUUUGCCGUACCAGAGCCUCGCCGUAGUGGAUCUUAAAGUCGCUAUUAUCAGCGGCUUCUGCUGGUUUUAAAGCAUCGUUGAUUUGUGUAGCUGUGUUCACCCAAAUUACAUUGUUUUCUGUUUCAUGGAAGGAAAACUUUGUUACUUUGCAUGGUAGUCCACUUCUGACUCUGCUUACGACAGAUGCAGGAAACAUAAUUGUUACUGAAAAGCGUCCACAAGUUCCUUUGGGAUUGGCUGUAUUUACUUUUCUAACUGGAGUAGAUAGCGCACCAGUAGUACAAUGCAAUGAGUCGCUAUCUAACAUCUCUUCCGGAACAUUUUGUGUGUGUGAGUGAUAAGACUUCACAAAAAUAUUGGCCAACUACAAACUGCACCAAAUAUACUUACAAAUGUCAAAGUACAGAUUUGAUUAGACUUCAAUGUAUUAAAAGUCAGCAUGAUAGCAGUCUUGGAGGACACAAACAGAGGAAGUGAAUGAAUGCGAUAUCAACAGAACCACAAAAGCAGCCACAUAGUACUGUGCAAGAGAGCAAGAAAUGUGUACCUCUUCCGUGCAACCCCAUCAUAAAAAGUACUUUUAUUGCAGCUUUUUACUGUUCAAAUUUCAAAAAGUCCAAAAAACAGCAUUCUAAAUCUCAUAACUUCUUAAAAGGGUUAUUUCUGUCAUUAUUCCCAUAUUAACAACAGCAUGUAGACUUUGCAUAAUAAUUGAACAAACUCGAGGUGCCUAAGUCAAGGUCCUAACACAGGCAAUAAUCCAUAAAAACAUGUUAACCCUCCAAUCAAUGGAUGAUAAGAAACAUAAAAAAGGGUCCUGUAUGUUAUAACACUUGAAUGAAAAUAAAAUAAACCAGUCAUAAAACAGUUGUUUUGUUAAGAUUUGGAAGGAAAUGUGAAUGCAGACUAUAGCUGACUUAGGCCCAUCAUCUUGCAGUAGUCAUUGUGUGCAUGUACAUCAAUAAAGCCGGUUAUCCCUACUGAUGAACAAUUUCCACAGCAGAAAUAAAACUCCAUGCUGUCGGCAUUCAUAAUCACAUUUGUUGCUAUUUCAGAAUCGUAUAAAGAGUAGCCAGAUCCCUGUAUAUCUAGUAGGAUGAGUUGUUUGUUGGAUGAUGCAUAUAUGUAGUGAACCAGACACUGCUUUUGCAAACAAAUCUUUUAAAGCAUCAUCUGCAUCCUCAAGUAGUUUAGCUUUCUCACCAUCAUUAUUUAUCAAUUUUGCAAAAUGGUUCUUGUACAAUUCCUCCACUGUAGCAGGUUGCUCAUUUAUUGUGGUGACGCACACAUGGUCGUACUGAAAAAAAUCUCCUAUUCCUUUUGGAGCCUGUGACUUGAACUUCGUUGUUAAGUGCCUGGCUACCUCAUGUAUUUCAACGUGUUUGCGGCAAUGGCUCUCGUUAUUUUUGUAACAAAGAGAGAGCCAAUUGCUUCUUUGGAUUUAUCAUUGUACAUUUUGAUAAGCCAGUGAUUUGCAAUGUUUGGGUUGGUGGAUUUUCAAGUUAGCAUACAGUGGUAAGCAUCACAGAAUCCACUUGAGGAAAACUUCUCUGAAUCUGCUGUAUACUCAACUUCCAUUGCAUCUGUCCAUUGUCUGUUCAAAGUUCAGGAAUAAAGUUUUUUGCAACAGGUUGAACAAUCUCUCCAGAAUCCAGUAAUGAGGCAAUGAAUACAGAUGCAGAAAACUUAGUUACUAAAAGGCUUCCAUAACUUGCUUUGAGAUCGCCUGCAUUUGCUUUUCUCACUAGAGCAGAUAGCGCGCCAGUAGUACAAUGAGUCAUUAUCAAACAACUCUUCCUGAACAUCUUGUGUGCGAGAGUGAUAAGAGUCUUCGCAACAAUGUUGGCCAACUACAAACUGCACCAAAUAUACCUACAAUUAACAAAGGACAGAUUUGAUUUGACUUCAAUGUAUCAAAGGUCAGCAUAAUAGCAGUCUUGGAGGACACACACAAAAGAAAUGAAUGAAUGUCAUAUCAACAGAACCACAAAAGUAGCCAAAUAGUAUUGUACAAGAAAGCAAGAAAUGUGUACCUCUUCCGUGCAUUACUUGUGGUUUUGUGGUGUUUGGGGGUUAUUUUGGAGUGAUUCCAGUGCAUUUUAAGUGCAUGCAUGAUAUACACUUUAAUACAGAGAGGACAGCAAGGAACCCAAAACUCGUUUCAAUGACCCUUAAAUGGUCCCAAACACCACUAGUAAGGCAGGAGUCCCUGGGCAAGCUCUUGCAUUUACAGUGAUAGGCAACACGGCAUUUAGAUGUUGGCAGCUUUUAAGGGGCUUGGGCAACCUGUGCUUGAAAUAACAUGUGCAACCAAGGAAGAUUUAGAGCUUUAG